AUGGAAGAGAAAGUUAAGUUAAGCGAUCAGUAUUUUAAGUCUAUACCUCCAGAGAGUGAUAUCCUGCGCAGCAGCUAGGCUGCGUGGUGGCCCAAGCAAAGCAAAUUGGGUGGACUUCCACCUCUGGUACCUCUGAGCCCAGGCCGAAACCCCUGGUUUCUCGGUAGUGGUUGCCCUAUUGGGUCCGAAGACCGUCGCUGGGCACCACCACUCCUGCCUCGUACUCCUGAUCAGAUCGCCCCUUACGGGACCCUUUUCGACUGGAGAGGCUGCCGUACAUUUGCUGUCUAGUCCGCCUUCCUUCUUACCAGGUCAUCCCUCAAGAAGAACUCAACCACUUCCGCGAUUCGGACGGGCCACAGUAGCAGCUUGAGCAGAUAAUUCGCCUUGCUCCAUCUCGGGUGCCCACUGGCUUGGGUGCUGCUGGAAAAAAGGAGUCGAAGGAAAUGCCCAUGACCAGCGGGUCUGUGAUUAUCCCCAUCGCUGCUGGGGUCCCAAUGUUGCUGGGCCAUCCUCUUCCCCCAAAAAUCAUGCCCGGAUAUACACGGGUUACCGUCACUGGGAGGACUGGUCGGUCGCCACACGCCAUUUUAUGUAUAUUAAAAUGGAAGAGAAAAAAGACGAAGACUCUCCCUUUACCGAAAGAAGCGCUGAAGAAAUGGAAACUGAUAAAAUUGAUAAAGAAAAUGCGCAGUCUUCAGCAAAAAAUAGACAAAAAAUCCUUGAAGAAAUUGAGAUGAGAAAAGGCAAGCUUACUAUUGAUGAUGUCGAACUUUCCAACCAAGAACUAAAAGCUAUCGAAAAAAAACUGCUUGAAGUUGAAAAAGAUCUUGUAAAAUCCAUUGAAGAAACCCCAGUAAAUGUGAAAGGGGUGUAUUUGUCAGUCAUAGUCUCCUUAAUUUUUAUUGUUUUGAGCAUAUUUAUAAACAGGGUUGAUAAAUCAUCACCUCUUAGCCUUAGUAUAAUCGAUAUUUUCGAAAAUACUAUUUGGGCUGGUGAUCCAAACAGAUAUUUUAAAGACAUUCAGUCCCUCACUGACUUAGACGCCUACUACAGAACGAUUUUUUUCCCAGGCAUCUUUACAAAUACAUUUAUAAAUAAACACAACUAUGUUGUUGGGUUAAGGCUUACACUGAAAAAGGCCAGGCUGGUUAGCAAUCCUUUUUCUGAAUAUGAAGAAGCCGUUUGAAAGGUAAGAAAAGACCCAAACUUAGGUGCAGGGAUACAGCAAACUGAUGGAGAAGAGAUCAAUGACCUAGGGAUUUUUAAUUAUACGAGUGGUGGAGGAUUUGAUAAAGCAGGUGGCUAUGUAGAAUUUUUUUGCAAUUUGACUUUAGAAGAAGCAGUUGCUAAAUGAAGAAUAAUGAAGCCUAUUUGGCUAAUACCUAAUAAUUUUGUCAGCAUUACUGCAGAACUUCUAGUUCAUAAUGGAAAUUUAAUGACAACAUUAUAUUAUUAUCAAACGGUCGAACGAACAAGUACUGGGAGAUUUAACCUUGAAAGCGAUAGCGUUGGAAUUUUUCCUGAAGCUUAUGAAACCUGGACUCUAGAGUCGAAAAUCGUGGUCAUUUUGGGAACCAUCUAUAUUGUUGGUUUUCUUAUCCAGAUAUUCAAGAUGGUUCAAAUUUUAUUAAGAGUAUGCACAACCCUCUGAACAAAAUUAAAGCUAGACGUAGCAUGGCAUGAGUAUUUAGAAUUUAUGACUUUAGCUUUAGUUAUUACAUCAAUUUCGCUUUUUUUGCAAAAUGUGAUUGGAAAUAUUGGAAAACUUCAAAUUCCUAUUCACUCUGAAAGCGAGUUUAUCGAUUUUAUAACGUACUGUCGAAAUUUCAAAAUUUUUAUCCGAGUAACUGCAGUUGCAGCUCUCUUGAUUAUACUCCGAAUCCUUGUCAUCUUAAAAUCUAAGUUUCCUUCAUUCGGAGUGCUAUUUGAUACCAUAAAUAUGGCUAAGAAAGACAUUAUUAAUUUUGGGCUAAUCACUUUGCUCAUGAUAGUAGCGUUUUCUCUUUCCGCAUACCUAGGGUUUGGGAUAGCGACAGGAGGAUUUUCCACGUUUGGAGCUACUAUUGCAUCUUUAUGGUCAUCUCUAUUCGGACGAGACAUAAUUUCAGAAAUACGCAGAGGAAGCAUAAGUAUUUCUGGGGUCUUUUAUGUAGCAUAUAUGUCUUUGUUUUAUUUUAUAAUUUUGAAUACUUUUCUAGCAAUUGUUCUAAGUGUGUAUACUGAGCUAAGAAAAAGAUCACAACUGCUUCUAGAAGCUAAAGCACGUAUGCUUGCAGAAGACAGCCACAGACUCAUUGAGAUUUUGAUAAACUUAUUGUUGUUUAGGAUUAAAAGCACAUUAGAAGAAGAUGCGAUUGAAUAUCAAGCUUUAUCAGUAAAAACGACUGCAAAUGCUCAGGAGCAAGAAGAAAUCAAUGAAAGAUUGAAGAAGCUGGAAAAUGCAAUUUUGCAUCAAAGCAGGCAAAAUAUCUUUAGCAUCGUUAAAUAUAAUUUUGGCCAAGUUCAGCUUGCCUUGAGGGGAGCAGGCUCAACACUGCUCACAAGAGAACAGAUGAUGCUUAAGUACAAAAACACUAUCAUGACAAUGGAACAAGAAAAGAAAAAGAAUGAAAUCCUCAAAAAAAUGAAGGAAAACGAAGUGAAUUACAAUUUUAAGCUCUUUGCUGAAAUGGUUUUGUACAUAAUUUUUAUUGUUAUUUAUGUCAUGUCUGUUAAGUAUCGAAUGAGAAUUGAAGACUCUUAUGCUAUGAAUAAGCUAAUAUAUGACUCAAUAGCAGUUCCCCAAUUUGUUUACAAAGGAUCGAACACGACAUUUCUUGAAAUAUAUGACCCUGGCUCUGCUUAUGAGUUUCUGUCAGCGAUUAUGGUCCCUUACAUAGAGUCAACAACAGUGGGAACUCAAAACUACUUUUUAACUUCCCCAAAGAUCCGUUUCAACAUGAAUCGCUACAAAAUCCACAAAAAUAAAAACACAUUUUCUAGCUCUGUUAUAGCUUAUGUCUCCGACGAUCCAGGGGAAUGAGAAGAAAGUGGGUUUCAAGGCAAGUCUUCCUUGACUAAAUUCAGGUACAUAGAGCCUGGCACAAAGGCCACGUUUAACGAAGAAGGCGGUUGCACUUAUGAGUUGUACCCCUAUUUGAAUUUUAAAAACGCUUUUAUCAAUUUCCAAGCUGACGACAUCAUUGGCAACCAGACAAGCUCUAUUGUAUUUGAAUGAGUCGUUUAUAACGCGAACAUGAAUAUGUUCAGCUAUGCAUAUAUUCAACUCAGUUUAGAUAUUUCAGGGGAAAUUACAAUCAGGCUUUCCUCUCAAAGUGCUGAACUUGAUGCUUACAGUGCAGAAAAUAAAGGAAGGGCAGCUCUUGACAUAAUUUUUAUUUUAUUUAUUGUCUAUUUUAUAUCACAGUUCAUUUCUGAGUGAUGAUUAAUUAUGAGAGGCUUGAUAGGGCAAAGGCAAAAUAUUCAAAGAGGGAAAAGAGCAGUUAGAGAUGUCCUUGAUAAGCUUCUAGGAAAUAACCAAGAUAAUGAAAAUCAAGGCAUAGGGUUCAUGGUGCAGAUGGUUUGGAGGAAGAUACAGAAAUUUGUUGUUGUCAUAAUUUUUACUAUCAAACAGCUUAUACAGUCUUUGUGAAUCUUUUUGAGAAUGGAUGGGUGGCAGCUGCUACAGUUGUUAUCAGUCAUUUUAUCAAUUAUCCAGUUCUCGUAUCUUGUGAGACUGAUAUCUAGUGAUUUCAUAAAUAACUACGAAAUUAACGAGACUUGGGCAGAUAAUAUUGGAGAAUUUGGAUAUAUUGCCAAGCUUUACCAGCAUUACGGCGUUGUAUCCUGCUUCAAUGCUUUGCUCAUAUUUUUAAGGGUUCUUAAAUACUUUGAGUUCAGUAAGCAGACAUCACUCCUUACUGAUAUUUUUGAUUCUGCGAAGCUUGAUUUGCUGUUCUAUAUCAUAAUGUUCUUUCUUAUGAUUAUAGGCUAUACAAUUAUGGGAUAUUUAAUUUUUGGCCAAGCUUUAGAUGAAUUCCAACAUUUUAAUUAUUCUCUCCUUUCAACCUUCAAUGUACUGAUAGGAAAAUUCAGCGUUGGCCGGUUUUUAGGUGCAGACGGUAAGAUUGGCAUGCUAUGGUUUAUCACCUUAAGUCUUGUAUUCAACUUGCUAUUGAUCAAUAUUUUUAUAGCAAUCGUUUACGCUCAUUACAAUACCAAUAAAGCUGAUAGAAAUGCCAACACUGUUGGAUUUUUGAAAAAAAUUAUUUUGGUAAUAAAGGCAAGGAUUAAAAGGAAAAAAUAUAUGGACUGGGAAAACUCUGGCGAUGAAAAAUCAAGUACUAAAGCCAAUCAACUCUCAGAUUCUGAAGAUGAAAUCCCAAACAACUCUGUGAAACAAGAAUUUGAAGUAGAAGAAGCCAAGCCUAUUAACUAUACAGUAAAUGCAUGACUUAAAGUGCUGGAAGAAAUGCUGCUCGUUAAAAGCAAUCAAAAAAUAAACUUACCAAAUCUAAAAGACGAGAACAAUAUUGAGGAAAAAAUUAUCCCACCAGCCCCACUCCAAGAAGUUGUUUUUGUAGAAGAGUCACAAUGGCUGCAAGAAGACCCGCUAGGCAAGUUGAGGAUAUGGAAGCAGCUUUCUAUAUUGCAUAAUGACUAUCUCAGAAGAAAAAUUGAAAAGGCUAUACAGCAAGGCCUCGAACCUCCAGAGCUUUCAGAGCUAUCAGAACGACAAAUACAACUUUGGGAAAUUACACCACCUCAGGAUAAAUUAAGCAUGUGGAUGGGAGAAGAGUCUUUUCAGAAUGAAGAACGCGUUUUGGUAUGAAAUGCUGCACUUUUUGACAAAAAGAGGUUUGGAGAUGACAUUGAUGAAUGGAACAUUGACAUACAAAGAGAGUGCUGACUGGAUUUUGAUGAAAAAAAGAAAAAAGAUUUUGUGAAAAAGUGAAUUGAUGAUAUUAAACCUGUUACAAGAGCUUAUAAGGCAGCAACUAAUCCAAUUGGUUAUUUGCUGAAGCAAGAAUGGCUUUCUGAAGAUAAAAGAAUGCUAUUGUGGGUCAGCUUGUCUAAACACGAAAAAGUAAAAAUGACUCUUUAUCUUAAUCAGCACAACAGGGUUGAAGCUGAAAUCCUCAGCUAUCUCCUUCUUCAAGAAAGAGAUAAUAACGUUUUCAUUUUAGAUGAUAGUGAUGCACUUAUAACAAGUACGCUAGAUUCGAAGCUUUAUGACAAAUUAUAUGAAUCUGCUGUUUUCCAAGCAGAAAAUAAUGCAAUGGAAACAUCAAAAGAAAGAGUUGAAGAAACUCGUUAUGAGAUCAAAAAUUUAAAAAAUUUCCAGGUCCACUUGGAAGAAGACCUAAAACAAUUUAAGAGGCAAAAUAAGACUUUAAAAGAAAAAGGAAAAAAUUUGAAGGCUAGGUGCGAGAGCUUGCUGAGAGGCCAAGAAUAA